AUGGAUAUGAAUAACACUACUGAUCUUAUUGAUGUUAAUUUUAUGAUACAGUCGAUUUCUAUCCUGGGUAUAGUUGGUAAUUUGGCUCUACUAAGUAUUAUUAUUUUCUCCAAAAGAUUAAAAGAUCCGUCGUAUAUUUUUGUCCUCAACAUUUCAGCUUCGGAUCUUAUCACCGCGAUUCAAGUACUGAUAAUAUUCUCGUUUUCUAAUAGGAAUUCUCCACAGCUCUUAAAUACUAGCAAUAUUAUUUGUAAAGUAUUUUACACUAUAUUUUCUGCAUCUUAUAUUGCUUCAACAUUAAGUUUAAUGUUAAUAAGCUUAUAUAGAUUGAAAAUUGUGAGUGAUCCUCAUCGAUUCAAGCAUACGUCAAUUAUUUAUAAGCAUAGCGCUAAGUUUGCUAUAACAGUAUGGAUUACGAGUUUAUUACUAGCAUUACCCACUUAUUUUGCAUUGCAUUUCUCUCCAAUUACUGAUAGCUGUGAUAUAUAUCAUCCGUAUGGAAAUAUUUUCAAUAGUAUUUUCCUCACAAGUACAUUAGUAAUUGCUUAUAUUAUCCCAGGAAUAAUCAUGUUUGUAAAUUAUGCUCGAAUAGCAUUUAUAAUGGGAGCUCGAAUUUUUCCGCUAAUAAAUAAUACCGAACUAAGUACAGCAUCAUGGAAACGUUCUAAAAGUAUUUUUAAUCUUUUAGCUGCUGCUACGGCUUUGUAUAUGUUACUUUCAUGGCCAUUUAUUUCAUCUUUAAUGAUAUUAUCUUUCGCUAACGAAACUCAAUCUAACCUAAUUGAACACAAUCCUGAUAUAGCGUUUGCUGUUACGUCCGCUUUCACAGCUUCGAACUUAGUAUAUGUUAUUAAUCCAUUUCUAUUCUUGAUAUUUGAUACAAAUGUAAGAUCUAGUAUUAACAAAGUCUGGGGACAAUGUCUGCAUAAAUUUACAAAUCAUGCCUGA